AUGUCCUUGGGCUUCCCUGUGGGCCGGAGGCAAAUCCCCAGCGUGUCCUUGUUGCUUCCUGCCCCAGGCCCCGAGGUGAGGCCGGAGAGCGCGGAGGACAAAUCCCGGCGGCAGAGCCUGGUGGGAGAGGCCGUUUUGAAGGGCUCCCCGGCGCAGGAAGGCAGCGGGGAGGAAAAGGGCCGGAGAUGGCCCCGCAGGAGGGGCUCCAAAGCCAGCCCAGGGGGCUGUGAGGAGGAAAGAGCCAGCGUGUGCCGGGAAGGCGGCCGGAGCUUGAGGCGGAGCUGCGAGCUGGUGGUCCCUGAGCAGCCUCCCAGCAGGGAAAAGCCCUUCAGGUGUUUGGAUUGUGGGAAGAGCUUCAGCAAGAGAACCAACCUCCAGAGGCACCAGCACAUCCACAGUGGGGAACGGCCCUACAUGUGUGGGGAGUGUGGGAAGAGCUUCAGGCAGAGUUCCACCCUCCACAACCACCGUCGCAUCCACACUGGGGAACAGCCCUACACAUGUGGGGAGUGUGGGAAGAGCUUCAGGCAGAGCUCCAACCUGCUCCGACACCAGAUGAUCCACAGUGGGGAAAGGCCCUACACGUGUGCGGAGUGUGGGAAGAGUUUCACUCAGAUCCACCACCUGCUCCGACACCAGAUGAUCCACAGUGGGGAAAGACCCUACAUGUGUGAGGAAUGUGGGAAGAACUUCAAUCAGAUCUCCGACCUGCUCCGACACCAGAUGAUCCACACUGGGGAAAGGCCCUACUUGUGUGAGGAAUGUGGGAAGAGCUUCAAUCAGAGCUCCAACCUGCUCCGACACCAGAUGAUCCACAGUGAAAGGCCCUACACGUGUGCGGAGUGUGGGAAGAGCUUCAGGGACAGCUCCAGCCUUUGCAAACACCGUUGCAUCCACACCAGGGAAUGGCCCUACAGGUGCUUGGAAUGUGGGAAGAGCUUCAGCACAAGCACCAAGCUGCUCAGCCACCAGCACAUCCACACUGGGGAACAGCCCUACACGUGUUUGGAAUGUGGGAAGAGCUUCAGCAAGAGAACCAACCUCCAGAGGCACCAGCACAUCCACACUGGGGAACGGCCCUACACGUGUGGGCAGUGUGGGAAGAGCUUCAGUGACAACUCCAACCUCCGCAAGCACUGUCGCAUCCACAGUGGGGAAAGGCCCUACACAUGUGGGGAGUGUGGGAAGAGCUUCAAACGGACCUCCGACCUCCGCAACCACCAGAUGAUCCACAGUGGGGAAAGGCCCUACAUGUGUGAGGAAUGUGGGAAGAACUUCAAUCGGAUCUCCACCCUGCUCCGACACCAGAUGAUCCACAGUGGGGAAAGGCCCUACAUGUGUGGGGAGUGUGGGAAGAGCUUCACUCAGAGCUCCAACCUGCUCCGACACCAGAUGAUCCACAGUGGGAAAGGCCCUACACGUGUGCAGAGUGAGCCCAGCUCCAAAAUUCUGCCCCUGGGUUCGGCCCUGCUGAGGCCACCCCUCGAGUGCUCUGCCCAGUUCUGGGCCCCUCACUUUGGGGAAGAUGUUGAGGUGCUGGAGCGUGUCUGGAGAAGGGCACCGGGGCUGCUGAAGGCUCUGGAGCACAAGUGCUGUGAGGAGCAGCUGAGGGAGCAGCUCAGCAGCUGGGCUUGCUGA